AUGCCCCUGCUGUCGACCUCGAUGCCGCGGCUGCACCCGCUGCUGCUGCUGUGCAGCGUGGCCGCGCUCGCACUAGCCUACGUCAUGCUCAUUGCGAACCGGCCGUCACCGCCCGACUGGAAGAAGGAACAGGACCCUCACCUCACAGGCUUCCCGUCGUGGUUUGGCGGACGGGACUCGGUGUCGCCGUACGAGGAGCCUCGACAGGCGUUUGUCGGCUCGCCAGAGGAGAUUCUGCUGUUUAUCGACCUGCGUCGCGACUCGCUCUCCCUCCCGCAUGCGUUCUACCUCCUCGACGUGCUCUCGUCGCGUCCCGACAUUGUCCUGACUGUCACCGCUCCAUGGGCUGCGGACUGGGACUCGGACAAGAGCGUGGGCGACAACCUCGAGGCGGUGGGGUGCAAGAAGCGUGUCUGGCGAUAUGGAGAUGGCGAGGUGGACUUUGGAGACGCGUGCCGAGGAUCGACCAUUAUCAACGAGCAACCGUCGCACAGCCUCGUGGCUCCCAAGGUCAACCCUCGCGCAGACAUCACCAUCCUCCCCGAGCCUCGGUACCUCCUCAGCAAGGACAAUACGUACGAGGCACUCGUCGAGAGCCUCGGUUCGGACUGGAAAAUGGGCAUCCUCGCCCACGUCAUGCCAAUGGUCGGUGCGCUGUUCGAUCUUGUUGCUAACCCACCAGGCCGAGUAUACCACCCCAAGGGCGAUGCGCACCCGUCGUACCGCUCCGUAAACUACUACCCGCGCCGCACGACUCCAAGGUCGCUUUGGCCAAAGAUGCCUAGCGGAAAGAGCUACACAUUGUUCCACAGUGAUAUCUCGCCCAUCCUGCCUGCCAAGGCGCUCUUCCGUGACACCAGCGGUGUCAACAGCUUCCUGCCUACGUCAGAACUGCGCAAGUUCUGGACCAGCUAUGAGCGACGGAUCGCCAACCACAUGUCGACGGCGGGCAUCUGUAUCUUUGAAGGGUGGCAGGAUGGUCUUGUGGACGACCGCAUGGCUGCCGCGAUGCUCGGCGGCUGCCUCGUCGCCACUGUCAACCCCGACGUGGAGCACGCCACGAUCGAGCACCUCAUCAUCCCGCUCAGCAGGACCGACGACGCCCUCCCAGCCGACCAGUUCGAGACGGCCCUCGGCAACCUCACCGACUCUGACUUGAAAAAGAAGGCCCUCAACGCCUUUGUCUUUGCCCGUAACGAAUUUACGGGCAACAUCAAGGUCGACAGCGUCCUGGACAUUGUGCACCGCUACGACCGCGGUGCAAGGGGAUACAUUUUCCCGCAUGGGUUCAGGUGGACAUGUAACAGCCCCGGCGAGAAGCCCGUGUGGUGUCCUCAGGCAUAG